AUGCAGCGUAUUAACAGCACUUAUGUGGUCAAAAGAGAUGGCCGAAAGGAAGUUGUACAUUUUGACAAAAUAACAGCUCGCUUGAAUAAGCUUUCGUACAACCUGAACAUGGACUACAUUGAUCCCGUUUUGGUUACAAUGAAAGUUAUUGGUGGACUUUACAAAGGAGUCCCAACCGUUGAGCUUGACAAUCUGGCUGCUGAAACUGCUGCUUCCAUGACUACUCAGCAUCCAGAUUACGCCAUACUUGCUGCUCGUAUUGCUAUUUCUAAUUUACAUAAGAAGACCAAUAAGGUUUUCUCCGAGGUUAUGGAACGCUUAUAUAACUUCCGCUCCAAGUACACUAACGAACAUGCUCCCAUGAUCAGUAAGGAAACUUAUGAUAUCAUCAUGAAGAAUGAGGAUCGUUUGAAUUCUGCCAUUGUCUAUGAUCGUGACUUCUCCUACUCAUAUUUUGGAUUUAAAACACUUGAACGCUCUUAUCUUUUAAAGAUUAACAAAGAGGUAGUUGAGAGACCACAGCACAUGCUUAUGAGAGUUGCUGUUGGAAUUCACGGAGAAGAUAUUGAUAGUGCUAUUGACACCUAUAACCUUAUGAGUGAAAGAUAUUUCACCCAUGCCUCACCCACUCUAUUUAACUCUGGAACAUGCAGACCACAAAUGUCAUCUUGCUUCUUACUAACAAUGUCCGAAGAUUCCAUUCAAGGUAUCUAUGAUACCCUGAAGCAAUGCGCCUUGAUCUCAAAGAGUGCUGGAGGAAUCGGAAUUAAUGUUCAUAAAAUCAGAGCUACCGGAUCUAUUAUCAAUGGAACCAAUGGAACAUCUAAUGGACUUGUACCCAUGCUUCGUGUGUUUAAUAACACUGCUCGUUAUGUUGACCAAGGCGGUAACAAGCGACCUGGUGCCUUUGCCAUUUAUCUCGAGCCUUGGCACGCUGAUAUCUAUGAGUUCAUCGCUCUUCGCAAGAACACUGGUCCUGAAGAAGAACGAGCUAGAGAUCUUUUCUACGCUCUCUGGAUUCCCGAUCUGUUCAUGAAGAGAGUCGAGAGAGAUCAAGAUUGGUCCCUCAUGUGUCCCAAGGAAUGCCCAGGACUCGAUGAUUGUUGGGGAGAAGAGUUUGAAAAGCUCUACACCAAAUAUGAGGAAGAUAAAUGCUACCGUAAGCAGGUUAAGGCUAGAAAGCUGUGGGAGCAGAUCGUUUCAAGUCAAAUCGAGACUGGUCUUCCCUACAUCGUCUACAAGGAUGCCUGUAACAGAAAGUCUAAUCAACAAAAUCUUGGAACUAUCAAAUGCUCUAAUCUCUGUACUGAGAUUGUUGAGUACAGUAGUCCAGAUGAGAUUGCCGUAUGUAACUUGGGAUCUAUUGCUCUCCCACGUUUCGUCACACCCGAAAAGACUUUCGAUUACGAGAAACUUCACUUAGUUACUAAGACACUCACUAAGAAUCUCAACAAGAUCAUCGAUGUUAACUAUUAUCCUGUCGAAGAAGCUCGUCGUUCUAACAUGCGACAUCGUCCAAUCGGUCUCGGAGUACAGGGACUUGCUGACUGUUUCAUGUUGAUGAGAUAUCCAUUUACCUCCAAAGAAGCUCGUGACUUAAACAAACGUAUCUUUGAAACAAUUUAUUACGCUGCUUUAGAAGCAUCUUGUGAACUAGCUGAAAAGCUCGGACCCUACGAAACCUAUGAGGGAUCGCCAGUCUCAAAAGGAAUUUUACAGUAUGAUAUGUGGGGUGUAACUCCAACUGACCAGUGCGACUGGGAAACUAUCAAAGAGAAAAUUAAGAAGCACGGAGUUCGCAACAGUCUUUUGCUUGCUCCUAUGCCAACUGCUUCUACUGCCCAAAUUCUUGGAAAUAACGAAUCUAUUGAGCCCUACACUUCCAAUAUUUACAGUCGUCGUGUACUUUCUGGCGAUUUCCAGAUUGUCAAUCCACAUCUCCUUAACGAUCUUGUCGAGCUUGGAAUAUGGACAGAAGAGACCAAGAAUAUGAUGAUUGCUCAUAAUGGCUCCAUUGCUAACAUUCCCGGAAUUCCUGAUGAUAUCAAGGCUCUUUACCAAACUGUAUGGGAGUUAUCUCAGAAGGAGAUUAUCGAAAUGGCAGCUGACCGUGGAGCUUUCAUUGAUCAAUCGCAAUCAUUGAAUAUUCACAUUGCUCGACCAAGUUAUGCUAACAUCACAUCCAUGCACUUCUAUGGAUGGAAGAAGGGAUUGAAAACUGGAAUGUACUAUCUGCGUACAAAGCCAGCUGUAAAUGCAGUACAAUUCACUGUAGACAAGAAAGCUCUGCAGAAUAAUGAAGUGGACAACCAAGCCUCCAGAAUGGCAAAAGCCACCAUUGAGGAGGAUGAAGGUUGCCUCAUGUGCUCUGGAUAA